AUCUAGCUUCCCGUGAUUGAUGUUGCGAUAAAAAUUAGUCGUUCUCGAAAGCCCUUUCGAGCUUGCUCAGGCUGUUUUGGCGUGGUCUACCGACUAUAGAGUUUUCCCCGAACUGUCAGCUUGUGUACGCAAAGUGUAACUAAUGCGAGCGUGAAUUCGUUGAACAAAUCAAUCGAACUUUGUGGGAUGAUCAAUGGUGGCAACAAGCGGUAUGGUUUAUGAGGAAAUUGUCGGAGUGCGGGGCAGCUGACCCCAGCCUCCGCGCAGUCUAUAUAUGCGCGAGAUGCCCCACAAUUUGAAUUCUACAUCUGGCAAUUCUGCCAAUUCCGGGCCAAAUCAUCAAGGGUACCAUCAAGUCAUUGGCGAUGGGCUACAACCGGAGAAAGAGCCUGUGCAAUUCGAUGCUAGCCAUCUUCGAGGCGCACCAGCGGAAGUCGAGUCGCUUGUCCACAACAUCAAAGAAGUCGCUCAACAAUUUCUGUACCACUGGAAGACAUUUCCAAUCGUCCUACCUCCACCCCUUUCGGCUUGUUCAGACGGCGAUGAGACCUUGGUCCGUAAAAAAUACCACCUCAGAGACCUCUUCGUAGCACCGAGCUUCGACGAGCUCGAUGCGGUCGCUGUUGAUACCAAAGGUGAACCCAGAAGACUCACCAACAAACAACUGGAGAGCAUAAGAGAAAGAGGAGAAUUCGAAGUUGACUCGAUAAACUUCACCGGCCAGACCCACCGCUGGAGACUCAGCGGACUCCUCCAAAGAGGGCGAGAUCGACGAAGGGAAACCCUGCUGAACGACCUCGCCCUGGCGACAAGAUUCCUCGUAGUGACCGCACGAGCCCGCCUCAUAUCCCACUGUUUCAGUAUUUCCCAAUCCCUGAAGGCCCUCUUAACCGGACUGCUGCGCCUCCUCGACAUGCUCAUCGGAGUGCCCUCCCUCCAGGCGCAAAACCUAGAAGGAAAAAUCAGAGAAGAGCGCUGUCGCUACCUCGUCGCCGAGUUGAUAUGUCGCUCGGAGUACGAGGACUCCCUGGAAUUGCUCUGUGGCUUCGUGCGAAAGCAAUUGCGUCGCGCAGCGAUGGAAAAAUUCGAAGUGGAAAGAGAAUCCUCCCAACUGCUCCCCGUCUCGGUGCCCUUUGUCUUCGGUACGCCAAGCGGUACAGCCGUAGACCUGCGACUGUUCAGCAGAGACAUAAUGAGAAAAGCCAUGCCAAUUCUCGUAACAAUCCUCGAACGAGAGACCCGCGGAUGGUUCCUCCACUUUCGCGAGCGACUGAUCUCCGAAUUACGAGGGCAGAAAAAAACUGACGAGGAGAUUGAGGAGCAAGUGAACGAGGCUGUCAUGCGAGAGUACCUCCAAAGAGUCUACUCCAACAUCCUGAUUCACCCGGACAUUCAAGCCUUGGGGGACGGGAUCGGUCAGCUGUUGGUGCAGCAAGCGCAGUCCGUCAUUCUAAUGCAUCGCGCAGUGGAGAGUGUCAAGCGUAAAUUGGCACACGCCAAAGAAUCACUUCGCAAGAGCAUGGAGAGCGAGCACCCAGUGCUCUCUCGAAUAGGGCCCUGGAUGCGUGACAGAAUGAGAGAAGCUGAGAGCCACUUCAUCGAAGAGUGCCAGUGGAGCGCCCACGAGGAGGCCCUCUCCCUCUGCAGUCUUCAAAAUCUCCAGCAAACCGUCUACUUCCUCAAUCGUGACUUGACAUUCAUGCGCGAGAGAGAGCCCGUUCUCCUCAAGGAGCUUCGAAAAGUUGAAACCCCAACGAGGAACUUUCAGUGGCCCACGCAGAUAUGGCUGCCGAGGAAUUGGAUAGUCCGUAGAAAUUUCCAGGGAACGUCCGAGGUAAUUCCAACGAUACUGAGUAACACACCGACGUCGAUAACAACCCCGAGGGCAGAUCCAAGUCAGCCGGUGUUUCUCGUGGAGAGGGAGCUCGUCCACACGACGACAACACGCUGGCCCAUGUGGCGAUGGAUAAACUACAUCGCGAGGACCUGGUGUUGGACGUGGAACGCCAUGUUCCUGUUCGGGGUUGCAGUCCCCUGGUGCAGCAGAGUCUCCCUGAGAUCGCUCCUCCUCGUCGAGCCCUUCACCCCAGACCUGGAGUUGAGCCAGCUGAAUGGAACCCUUUUCCCACGCAAAUCCUCCCAGACACCGACCCUCUGCUCGCGUCUGAUAGCCCUCUGGCGACACAUCAGCAAGAGUCGAACGCACUUCGAGACCGAGCCCGAUACUGGCUUCAUCGGGAAGGGGAUGACGAGGCACAUCAACAGAAUGUGGAAUUACGGGGUGAAGGGUCUGCUGGGAACCCUCGGCAUUCUUUUUAUAUUUCCCAUUAUUUGCGUUGUAGCUAGUCUUGGCUCUCUCAUCAUCGCUCUGUCUGCGUUCGUGUGGAUGCCUCUAGUGACAAUGGCUCUUCACACCUUCAUGGCCCUCGUCAUAGACCUCGACAGUCCCGAGGCGAGUAGAAAUCGUUACUUCGUCGUGCUGGAGGCGUUAGUGUGGAAUAUUGGAAUCCAGGGCUUUCUCCAGCCACUGGCUGCCCUCGUCGUGGCCCUCUGCAUAUGCCCUGUCAUUUCGUUCUUCAUAAUGACUGUUGCGGUGGUGAGGUACUGGGUGAGAGUCGUCUGGGACACAGCCAUGUUCCAUCUUCUCAUAAAGAGUCGUGGGAGGAUACCAGCGAGUGACAGCUUCGUGGUGAAGAGAGUGGCAGGGCCUGGCCUGGCGUCUGAUUAUUACUACCAGAUUAAACCGGAGCAGGCACUGGCUGCCUUCGAAGCGAAACUCGAGCUCGACGAGUUGUUCGCAUUUCAGCACGAGACUGAACGACUGAUAACUCAACCCCAGAGGGACUUCACUCAGUUCGUCGAGGCCUGCUUCAGCCCCUUCGCCACGAAUCUAGCCAAGACGAAGGAUCCGUACAAGUCUCUGGAGAAAGAGGCCAGGGAUUUGAUUGGGGUUCUCCACGAGAAGCUCGAUCGACGCAGGAAGGAUCUCCAGACCGGUCUUGGUGUUGCUGUGAGGAGUAAAAUCAAACUCACAACGUUCGAUCUGAAGAUCGUUAUUCAGCAGGCGGCGCUGAUGCUCGAGAGACUGUACCCAACUCACGUUUUUUCGAGGCUCAAUGGUAAUGAGGACGACUUUUGGGAGAACAAGGGGCUCAGUGUGGGGGACUGGGCGGGACUGGCAGGGCUCAUGUAUGCUGACAUCUUCAGUCUAGAUUUUCUACAGCCCCUCGAUGACACUGACACCAAAUUCAAACUCGAGCCACACUCUGGAAUUGAUCUCUCUAGGUAUAGUAAUAUGGUUAAUAGCACUGAACUUGGGGGCAUCAAUGGGCCUGAUCUGCUCGGGGCUAUUUACGCACCGAGGGGGAAUAUACAGGUCCACAGUCCCUAUUUGGAACUGUCUGCCUUUAAUCCACGUGCCAAACAACAAACGAGCAGCAAAAAAUCGGAGAAAAUGUGCGAGUCAAGUCUUCUGCAUCAAGCGAGAUCGAAUCGUAAGACUAUGACUGGGAGUUCGGGGGGCGACACACGGUGGCAACCUUGGAAGAGGGAGAUGAGACCCUACAGUGCGGAGAAACUACUCAUACCUCUUCCCAUUCCUCAUCCAGCUCAUAUCGCCAUUACUAUUCACAAUAGGGAUUCUGAGGAUCCGAUUCCUCUGGACUCGGAGAUCUGUCAGAAUAUUUUGAGAGCCAUCGAGGAAUCACCUGGGGAAAUGGUCAUUGAGAUUGUCGGACGGUUUAGGGGGGGAGGGGACUCCAGUUUUGACUCGGUUGCGUCGCAGUCCUCGGUCUCUCUGGACGCACCUGGGGAGAAGGAGGAGGAGGAGGAGGUGGGGGAUAAUGAUAAGCAGGGGGAAACUUAUCACUGGACUUUGUCGAAUUGGACGGGGGGCAUGGCCAGACGGAGAAAGAAUUCUGGGUCUAUCAAGGUCGAUCUCGCCUCUCCAGAAGAUGUCACUCUUGAUACUGACACCACGAGGGUCAUGUUUAGCACGUAUGGAACGACUGUCUGAGUUAGGGGGGAUAUGCCCUUGGAGAUUCACUUGAUAUUAUUUUUUACUUUCGGAUUGGGGGUGGGUCUAAUGGCGAACUCGCGUGGAGCUCCUUUCCCUGUAAUUUCGCACGAGAUAUUUAUAGUUGGAAGUGUUUUCAAUUUUAACGCGGAUGGAAAAAUUUGAUAGAGAACCUAGCGCUAGUGGGAGACUCUAUUGGAACUCCAUGAGAAUUCUGGGGGAAUUCUGCUCGAAUUUUUUUUAAUAGAUUCUUUUUCGUAGAAAAAUUUACAGAUGUUGAUUUUUCGUUGUAACUCAUUCUGUGGGGAUUUUUUAUGAGAACUUUUGGGGUUGAAUUUUUCAGGUUUUUUCGGGGAUUUUAUUAUGAAAAAAGAAUAAAAAUUUGGGGAGAAAGUUUUUUGAAAUCUAGGCCUAUGAACUUUUUAUAGAAAAAUCAAAAUCUAUUUUUAUUCUGAGAAAUGUAAUCUAAAGUGAGUUUAGAAUUGGCGGAAACGAAUAGAAUUAUUUGAUAGAAUUUUAGAACUCCAAGAGAAUUCUUACGGAUUUCCAAUAGAAAUUUAGUAGAGGCUUGAAUUUGCCAAUUCACAGCAAGAAUUGAAAAUUACAUCAAUUGAGUAGUGAACAAAUUGAUAAUUGAGGACAGUUGUCUCAAUUCUCACAUUUUUCAAUAAUUUUGUAAUUUCAUCUCUUGAUCAUUAAUUAUGAAUUAAUGAGCGAUAAUUCAACCGUUUGUAAAUGAAAAAUCCCUUAUUCAGGUCUCAAAAUGGCGAUUAGAAGAUUUUUUAAAAAAUCAUGCAACUUCCCUAUUUCUGAAUGAAACUUUCAAAACUCUAAAAACGUUAUCCAUGUUUUGGAAUAUCGCAGACGAGAGAGAAAAUGAUUAUUCUCUCGAAUACCCCUAAUUAAAAAACAUACAUCGUGCUUCAUUCGAGGGUAAUUCCGUACACCAUUUUAUUGAAAACAUCGGUAUUAUUUAGUGAUUAAUUUAUUAACAGCGUCAUUAUUAUACUAUUGAUAUUAUUUUUUUAUUGUUCAUUCAUUUUUGCUUUUGCAAGUGAUACGAGGCUAUUAGUUUUCUCAUGACGAUUAAAAUUAUCAUGUGACGGUCGUAUGUCAACAUCAAUGUACAUGCAGUUCUCUUUAGGAUUUUUAUAUUUCAUUUUAUUUCACUGCAUAAAACCAUCAGAAACCAUCAUUCAAUCAUGCUCUCCUCAUUUUGAAAUUUCACUCAUUUUUUAGCUAAGGCUGAAUUAAUUUUCACUUGAGGUAAUUUUACCUAUUCGAAACAUCUUCCAUUACAAUUACUCAAAAACGUAAUUGAAAGUGUACUCUGGCAAUCAAUGUGCUAUGAUUAUCAAAAAAAUUGUAGUAGUGUGAGCUAAUGUAGUCUGGGCACGAAUUUCUAGUUUUCAAAUUUCAGGGCUACUCUGAGAGAAAAAAAAAUGUUCUCAAACAAGAUUUGCUUGAACAAAAAAAAAUUGCAAUUCUGUUUAAGUAAGAAAUCUCAAAAGUGUUUGUUUUAUGGGAGAAAAAGGAUAGUAAUUGUUCGUUUUGAUCACCUAAUACUCAAAGAUAAUAAAUUAAUUCUUAAAUGAAAUAAUAAUGAUGACACGACAUGAAAACUUGUUCGAGAGCAUGUUUUUUUCUCGAAGUGUAGAGAGUGAGGAGUGAAAAAGACGUCGAAUCUCACAUGGCAACUGCAUGAGUAUUAAUAUACAGCGAUAGAAUAAGCCUACCUAGGUGAGUAAUUGGGAAUUAUGUAUCCCCAAAAUUUAAACCUUCUACGAAGUUUUCAGACACUCGUCACAAAGAUAAACAAUCGAGUGGAAAAAAAAUGAAAAAAAAUCGUCUUCAAACGGAUAUUUUAUUGACGCCUUUUUAGUUGACCAACGCCUGAACUCUUCUCGAUUAAGAAUAAAAAUUGUCUAAUGACUUGUAAUAAAUUACGAAAUAGUGGAGAAAAAUGUGAGUUACUAAAAUCAAUCGGCUGUGUGCAGUUUCACUAGAUGUUUCACGAGUCUUGAAUGCGAUCACGUUAAUCGCGAGUAGAAAGCGUUAAAUAGAAAGAUUUAAUCAAUAAAAGAAAAUGACAAAAUGAAGCUUGACUCAUUCGAUCUCUCUUAGUUCAAAUAAUAAUUGUAAAGCCAUAAACAUUCCGUAAUUGUAUUCAAGUUGGAGAGGGAAAAAAAAGAGAUAAAGCUGUGCAUCACGUUUUACAUUUAAAUAACAGUAAUUUCAGAUUCCAUCCAUGAGACUUCAGCAAAGAUUUUAGAAUAUUUGGAUGGGAGUUUUCGGAGUGAUAAUACGAGAAAUGUCAGGUACAGGUUCACCUGCUAAAUCAAAAUGUUGUCGAGCUAUUAUGAUGGGACUUCUUAACACGAUUUUUUUAGCAAACGUUGCGAUGAGUGUGUUAGACCUUGUAAAGUAUAUUAUAAUAUAUGAAUAUUAUAUAUCACAAAUGUGAAUGAA